AGACGGCCGGCGGGGGCGGAGCGGCGCGAUCCGCAGCGGCGAUUCGGACUGGUGCUAGUGAUGGUAGUGGUGCUGUUUGGUGAAGAGGGGUUUGUCGACUGUAGUGAUCACGCGAGCGUGUGACAGUGAGCGUCGAACUGGUCAGACGAGGUGUGUUACAGCGAUGUGUCUACAGUGGAAGAGCUAGCGGCGCAGUUGAUCAUCCUCUCGGUGUGGGAGGAGGAGGAGCGUAUUUGCAUCCAGUCAAGGUGUGUGCCAUGUGACGCCCAGCGGCGCAGCCAGUCGGGCACACCAUGUUCCUGAACCCGUGGUACGCCAACCUGGGGCCGUCGGGCGGCGAGCCGGCCGUGCCGUCCGCCUCUCCGAGCACCUCAGAGACGGACUCACCGCGCAGCGAGCGUCGCGCCGCGCUCGGUUCGCCCCGUCUGGAGCGACGACCGCCGGCGGCACCUCCCUCGCCGCGGCCCGGCCUCCGCCUGCGGCCCGGCUGGACCGUGCACACAGCCGACGACGGCAGGAUCUUCUACUGCAAUCACGUGAAGAGGACGUCGUCAUGGCUGCCGCCUCUGGAGAGCUGGCGACCGGGCGACAGCGGCCUGCCCUACGGCUGGGAGAUGGCUGUCGACCACGAGGGCAAAACAUACUUCAUCAACCACCUGAACCGCACCACGACCUACGAGGACCCGCGGCAGGAGGAGGAGCCUCCACCGGAGCCCCGGCAGGUCACCCUCCACCGGCACCCCGAGCUGGGCUUCGGCUUUGUGGCCGGCAGCGAGAAACCGGUCAUAGUCAGGUUUGUGACGGAUGGCGGCCCCAGCGUCGACAAGCUGCAGCCGGGUGACCAGAUCUGGCAGAUCAACGGCGAGGAUGUGAAGAUGUCGCCGCGGGACCAGGUCAUCCAGAGGGUCAGGUCGUGUCAGCAGCAGGUCACACUGGUCGUCUGUCAGCCACCGCUGGACAAUACGGCGCGAAAGUCGGCGCUGCUCAGUGCUGCUAAGAAGCUCCGGCUGAAGAGUAACCCCUCGCGAGUGCGGUUCGCUGAGGGCGUGGUCGUCAACGGCCAGUCCAACCGCCGCGUCGUAGGCUGCUUCAGGAAGCCAAUGGCGACGCUGUCGCCCUUCUCCUCGGACGAGUCGUGCAUCCCGUUCAUGCCGAACGUGCUCAAAGUGUUCCUGGAGAACGGCCAGACCAAGUCGUUCAAGUACGACUCGUCCACCACCGUCGAGGAUGUGCUGGAGUCACUACAGGCCAAGCUAGGCAUCAGCUGCGUGGAGCACUUCAGCAUCGUGGCUGAGCACGUCAACAGCGUGCGCCGCAGCCGGCUCACGCUGCUGGACAAUAAGGAGACCCUCGCCAGGAUCGCCGCCCGGCCCGGCGCCCGCCACCUCCGCUGUCUGUUUCGGGUGACCUUCGUGCCCCGGGAUGCAUACGAGCUGCUCAGGAAGGACCCGGUGGCCUUCGAGUACCUUUACGUUCAGUGUUGCACGGACGUGGUACAGGAGCGGUUCGCUCCGGAACUGAAGUACGACGUGGCGCUACAGCUGGCGGCUCUUCACGUUCAUCAGCACGCGCUCUCUAACAACCUCCAGGGCAAGAUCACCGUGAAAAACAUUGAACGGGAAUUCGGCCUGGAGCGCUUCCUGCCCAUCUCGCUGGUGGAAUCCAUGAAGCGGAAGGAGCUGCGGAAGCUGUUGGCGCACUUCCUGAAGCAGAACCAAAGUCUGGUCGCUGCUGGUCAGAAGCAGCUGACCGCGCUGCAGGCGAAGCUGCACUACCUCAACAUUAUCAGCCACCUGCCCAGCUACGGCGCCAAGUGCUUCAACACCAGUAUCGGGGAGUCCAAUCUGGAGACAGUGAUCCUAGUCAGUCCCAAGUUCGGUAUCAGCCAGAUCAACAGCCUCAAAAGCAGUUCGCCGGAGGCUCUGUGUGAAGUGAGCGAGCUGGCCGAACUGGAGGUGACCAGGGAGCACGAGCUCUCGCACCGCGUACACCUGGUGCUGAAGGACCCGGAUAAACAGUCGAUCGUGCUGAACCUGGACGAACGGGACGCAUCGGAACUGGUGCUGGCCAUCGGAGGUUAUUACCUACUGGCCACCGGCCGGACCCUGCCGGUGCGACAGGACGCGUCCGUACAGCAGGAUGACGCAGCGCCUCCGUACCACACCACCCACGUAGUGACACCGGACAGCUGGAGUUACACGGGCGGCGCCGGGGUGGCCAGCACCAUGCGGGCCGACUUCUCCCUGCCUCCCCCGUACCGGGCGUCCGCUGAGCCCGGCGCCGCCGCGGGCAUGACCAACGGUCACCCGCCGACCGCCGAUCGGUCACCGCGGCCGGCCGCUGACCGGUCAGCCGGCGCCGCCCCGUCGGAGCUCCCCAACGGCCCGGCGGCGGACGGCUCGCCGCGGCUGAACGGACUCUCCUCGGCCGAGAGGAGGGACGGCGCCGGCAGCAGCCCCGAGGAGCAGCGCCGAGCGCCGGCCGUCGAUAAGAACAUGAACAAAACAACGGAGACAAACGCCAACUUGGCAAGAUUCACGGCGAUCAAUGGCAAGCCCGACUUCAUCCCGGCCGCCACCGACCGAGAUGAGGAGGAGGAGGAAAGUUUUGCCGAAGCGAAAAAUAGCGAGGUGAUUGAGCGGCUGGCCGGUAUGCGCCAACUAGUAGCUGACGCCGAGAACUACCUGACCACAUCGUCAUCCCGCGUCCCGGACGAAGACGUGGAGGACGCCGAGUCCCUGCGUUCGGCACUCUCCCGAUCAGAGUCUGAGGCAGCGUUCGGACCGCUCAAACACAGUGACAGCCUGCUGCUGAUUUCGCAGACGUCUAAGGACCGUCUGGAUGGUGUGAAGGGCAUCAAACUGCCCGACGUCGACCACUCAGAGAGUGACACGGAUUCCCUCUCCACACCGACCGGGUCCCCCUACCGGCGACCGCUGCAAGCUGCGUCUCAGAAGCCGGCCGCCGGCGGCGCCAGUUUCGGCCUGCUCAGUCCGGAUAAUGCCUCGGAGGACCAGCUAAAGGAGGUCCUUCAGAGCACGGACGGCGCGACCGAGGCGGGACUGCAGACGGGGGCGAUAUACGCCGACCCAGACAUCAUCGACCUGACCAUGAUACCGCCGCCCAUGACACCGGACGAGGACGGUCCACCGAGGAUCCCGCCGGAGCUGUCUACUCCGCCGACUCCGUUCGCUGACCGGGAGACGCUGGAGGCCGAGCUUCAGGCGCUGGAGCGCGACCUCGGUGACCUGGACAGGGUCGGCGAGAUGGUCAGAGCGGCAGCUCUCCACUCUCCGGAGGACUCCCCGAGCAGCGGGUUCAGCUCGCAGCCGACCGGCUCCGACAUCGACAGUCUGAUCGCCAACCUGACGCUGCCGCCGCCGCCCUCCGACUCACAGCAGGCGGCGCCACGGGUACGUCAGGACGGGUCACCGGUCGUGGAGCUGACCAGAGACCAGAUCGCGUCGUUCAUCAUCCCGCCGCCGCCGGCGGGGGUCGCUGGGCAGACUUCACAGUCGGAGGAGGGCCACUACGACGCUAACCCGGUGGCCGGCUCCGAGGAGCUGCGGGUGACCAACGGCCCGCCGCCGCCGCGGCGACCGCCGGUGGCCGGCCGGCCUCGGGUCGGUGCAAAGAUCGCCUCCCUACAGCACCAGCUGAGAGCCGCGCAGGCCAACGGAACUAGUCAGGUGACCGAGGCGUUUGCCUCCGACCAGAAUCUGGAGCGGGCGCUGGAGGAGAACGCCCGCGUGUUCCGCACCCUCGAGAGGCGGCGAGAGAAGCCGGGCGGGGCCGGCGGGCCGCCCCAGCCGCCGCCGCGGCCCGUGCUGCGACACGGGGCCGGCAGUCAGCUGCCGCCGCUGCCGCCCAAACCGCCCGUGGUCACCCGGUCAGGUCAACAGGAGUCGACCGGGCCGACGGCGGCCGAGUUCCCUCCGGCGCUGCCGUCCCGCGUGCGGCGGCAGACCGGUCCCACCUCCCCGCAGCGGGUUGUCGGCCGGCCGGCCGCGCCGCCGCCGCCCCACAAUUCCCCGGGCGGCCGAAAACCGCCGCCGCCGCCGCCGCCCGACCGGUCGCCGCGCCGGCUGCCGCUGCCGCCGCCGCCCCGGCCGGCCGCCGCCGAGCCGCCCCCGCCGCCGCCCGAGCCGCCGCUGGAGACGAGCUCGCCGCGCCUGCCGCCUCGCGGCCGGCCGGCGGACUCGAGCUUUGAGGAGGACUCGCUAGAGACCAGUGUCGAGGGUGACGAGGAGGACCGAACAGUGUUUUUUCAGGCGUGUGACCGGCUGGGCGUCAUGUCCCACCGACUGGACGAGAUCGCCAGCGCGUGCGCGCUGGCGCACCAGGCCGGAGGCCCUGAGGGCAUGAACGAGGCCAAAUUUCAGUUGGCGCGCGAUGAACUCACUAAUGAAGCGCGCCAGUUUGUCACGGCCAGCAAGCUGUUUGUGAAGGGUGCCACGGAGAGCGCCGACCGGCUGGUGGACUGUCUGCACGCCUGUAUGGGUCUGAUGGAGCGGGCCACGGCCGUCACUCAGCUGGCGGCCAGCCACACCACGGCGCCGCUCCAGACCCAGAACCUAGUGCUGAAGGUGCGGGCCGUCUGUGACGCCUACCUGCUGACCGUUCAGGCGGCGGCCGAGGCCGGUGGCCGGCCGCUGCACCACCCCAGCAUGGCCGCUCUCAUGAAACAGGCCACUCAGCUGGCGGCCGUUCUGACGGCGCUGAUGCGCACGCUGCGGGUGUUUACUCCGUGAGCCGCCAGAGGCGCCACCGGCGCGCGGCCGCCGAUCGAUCGCAUAUCUCCGCUCUUAUCAUUGUUGUUACAUAUAUAUUCAUGUAUG